ACAGCUGACAUUCAAGUUCUAGAAAUUUGUCCUUCGAGAAAUGAGACUGUUUGAUGGUUACUGGAACUGUUGUUUCGACAGAUUUUUGAACUAAAUUUUUAGUGGUCAUUAAUAUUCUACCAAUCCUGGAUAAUAAAGAUUUCGCUAGGAUGGAUGUUGAUCCUAUUCCACUAACUCCUUCUAGUAGUACACAUUUUCCUUCAUGUCCACUUCCGAAAAUCGACGAGAAUAAUACAUUCGAUUCGAAAAGACCUAAAGAAAGAGUUAUUGAACUGUUGGAUGUAUUAGAGAGUCAUGUGGAAAAGUUGAGAAAGGAGGCUUCUCAGUUGGAAGAAGAUCGGGAUCAGUUGUUGUCUUCGAUAGAUUCGGUUAGAAACACUGAUAUCAUCGGCGAACUUGCUGAAAAUGAUAGAGAUGAUGUUAACCGAUAUGCUGAUCGAAUUUUGAGCCGUUGCCUUACAGUCGAAGUGAAAAUUUUAACGCAACGUGAUCCUCUCCAGGAAGAAGCUCUUCAUCAGGUGAACCAUCUGAUUAAUGGCUUGAUCAUGUGCGUUAAGUCGGAUGCCGAUUACGCCAAAGCAAAAUGCCUCUCUUACAUGAAUGCCUGUUCAUCCCAUGUAGAGGAAGGAAUCACUGAUAAGAAUUUCGAAUCUGCUCUACUUGGCUGUACGGUUGACGAUCAGAAAAGGGUGAAGAAAAGAUUACAAGGAUUAUUGAAUUAUUUCGAUAAACUCAACAACGUCACUAUGAUUCCUUAAUUUAGUUCUUUAAUAACUUUUUUUACAGUUGGUUUUCUUGCACUCUACAUUAGAAUGCAUCAAUAGUUUCCGAUAAAUUUUAGUUUGGCAUAUUUUCCAUAAUCUUUUGUAGGUAGAAUGUCACUUUAUGGACAGUGAUCGAUUUGGUUUGUAAUUUUUUGUACAUGCAGUUUUUCAUAAGAAAUCGAUUGGUAGCAUUCUCAAUUCCAACAAACUCGCGAAGUUUCUCCAUGAAUUUUGGCAAUUUUUUUGAUUUUUCUAGGUUAAGUUAUUAAGAAAUAUAGAAUUGUCAAUUUAUGUCGUGAUAAAAAAAUUAAAUUUGAAUGUCAAAUCAUGGAGAGAAAAAGGAGUCAUUUUGACUAUUUUGAGAUAAUAUUGCAAUUUAAUGCUCUUCUCAGAUUUUUGUUGACGUAUUUUCCUUGAAUGCAGUGAGGCUAAAAAGUCUCGUGAUAAAAGUUUCAAUCUUGGCAAAUUUAUAAUUUUUUGAGUAUUUCAUCAAUAUAUACAAUAUAAUAAGUUUAUUUCAAUCGCAUGAAAAAAAAUGGGCAUUUGAGUGUAGUUCCAGCUCAAAAUGACUGUUUUUUUCCAUGAUUUGAAUUUUAAAAUUUCUGAAUGGGCGUCGACGAAAAAAAUUUUGGUCUGUGAUUAUGCAAACCACAAAUCCUUAAUAAUUCUGUGGUUUUGUUUGACAUAACCUAGAAAAAUUCAGUGUAAGUGUCAAAAUAUAUGAAAAUAAAAUUUUCAACAACUGAUUUUUCCUAAACUAAAAUCUCGCAAAGUUGAGACUGAUGCCAAUCUAUUUCUUAUGGAAAACUUAUGAACGAAACCGAUCACUGCUAGUAAAGAGUCCAUACUUAAUCGAAAUGUGAAUAGCAUUCCAUUCUUAAUUUCUUUGGAUUGAAUAAAGUUAUAACCCAACUUGAUAUGAACAUUCAGGAACUUUAGCAAGGCUGUGAUUCACGAUUAACGUAUUUGGUUGAAUAUGUGUGUUAUGUAUAACUUGAUGUGAAAAUGUGAUAUCACAAAUAUUUGGCCAAAUCACUUGAUCAAACCACAGACAAUUGUUCAACUAGCUUAAUAUCCAGUGUGAAUUUCUCAAAGUGUAUUUCAAUCGCUAUUAUCGAUUUACGAACUUGAGCUUGGAUUUUGUGAUAAAACUAGCGGCUUCAUGACAAACGUCAUUCCAUUACUGAAAUUUCAGAAAGUGUCCUCCGAAUUUUAAUUCAGCCUUGCCCCCUUUUUAUGAGGUGUCGGGACAUAAGCAUGUUAACGUUGUGAAUUAAGAUAAUAUAAAUUUAAUCAUCGCUUGUUUCAUUUAUUUGAGUGUCUUACCUGAUAUUUCAUUUAGAAUAUUUUGAAUUCGCUCAAACAGUUUUCACUCUGUAACCCACACGAUACUUCUCAAGAAUACAUAAUACUAAACAUAUUAUUGUAUGUUCAGUUAAGUCUUAAAAUAAAAACAUUUACAAUUC